AUGGAGCCUACUUUUCCGCUAUUUCGAUUACCCGAGAAUGCCAUCUUAGAAGUGAUCAAGUAUUUGGCUAUAGAUCCAUUGUUUGAAUUCUCCCUAAUCUCCACAAAAACAAAGAAUAUUUCGACAUCAUUAGGAAUAACAGCUCAAGCUAUUCGUAUCGCCAUUUCUCGUGAUGUUGGAGUAACUGUAUACGGUAGAUACUUCAAUAUGAAUUGCACUUUUUAUAACGAUUCGGUUGAUGCAUUGAUUCAUUUGGACUCAAAUCAACCUAUUUCUGCUCAUUAUCGCGAUCGCUAUGAAUGGAGAACAGUUCGAUCAUUCACUCCAUUAUUCAGUUUCAACAACUGGUUGGAUCACAUUAAGACUGUAUUCUGUUAUAAUAAACCACCAAAUGUGGUUAUCUGGGACGGAAAUGAGAGAUUUGAGAUGAAAUCGUUGAAAAAUGUGAUCAAAAGUGCCAAUCGCCUUGCUUUAGCUGGAGACAAUACUGAAUUUCGAUGCAGGGAAAUUUUGGAACAUUUCAAAAAUGCCAACGAACUAGAUCUCGGAAGGAACCCAUUUGAAGAAGCUUGUGAAGUUCAAAAAUUCUUUAUGCGAAACUUCGAAAGUAUCGUAUUUCAUGAUGAUGUCUCACUUGAUGAUAUGUUAUUGGUCAACAGUAAGAGAGUCGAACUCUACCAUUCAAUAUCUCAAAAACAGUUCAAUCGAUUUCUCAAGCAUUGGAUUCGUGGAUCUAAUCCAAGACUGCAAUUCAUGCAUCUAUUCGUCGAUAUAACUGAUUCUCUAAACGGGGAAAUCUAUUUAAAAGGAAUCAGAUGUAUGAAAAUGAGUGAAGAUGCAAAAGGAGAAAUUCGUCAAAAACACAGACUGUCUGUUAGUGUUGAUAUGAUCCAGAUCAGACGGAAGGAUGGUACAACUGCAGUGAUUGGGGUCAACGAUUCAGGGAAUAUUCUCCGUUUCAUUGUGCUCCACUAA